AUGGGCAUUAAAUAUGUAACUGACUUCAACCAUAUGAACACAUUGAGAGAACUUUCUAAGAAACUGCCAAUGUUUCUUAAAGCAAAAUGGACUGAAUGCGCUGGGAAGAUAAUUGAUUCAGGGCAUAGACCUAAAUUUCAGGACUUCGAUAGGUUCAUAAAAGAAGGGGCGAAGUUGGUGGACAACGAGUUCGGGCAAGACAUGAACAGCGUGUUUGCAAGAGAGACUAAUAUGCGGAAAAAGAAAGUGAAUUCUGAUGGAACUUUACAACAGCUGCAAACAUUCGCGACUGGAAGUGGUCUGAACAGUCGUGGUCAAAGUGGAACCUUAAAUGCACAAAUUGUUAGUCUCGUUUGCUCAGGACAACUCGAAGUUUGGAAGUGUGAACUUUUUAAAGGCUUAUCACAUGAAGAGAAAAUGAAAGUUGUGCAACGAGGUGGACUUUGUAACAAG